GCUGUCAAAUCAACAACCACCUGGUAUUAUCGGGGGUGUACCGGUGCCAGGACCUAUGACAGCAGUUACACCAGGAGUUACCGGACCAGCAGGUACUCCGGGCGCAACCAAUUCAACAGCUGCUGUUAACGAUUUCAGUAUACUGAACUCUUUUUGGUUUUCUUUGGCCGCCUUCAUGCAACAGGGCUGUGACGUGUCACCACGAUCGAUAUCGGGUCGUAUUGUAGGCGCUGUUUGGUGGUUCUUUACACUCAUUUUAAUCUCAUCAUAUACAGCCAAUUUGGCUGCAUUUCUCACUGUCGAACGCAUGGUUACACCCAUCAAUUCCCCUGAGGAUUUGGCUAUGCAAACAGAGGUACAAUACGGUACUUUAUUACAUGGUUCAACGUGGGAUUUCUUUAGGAGAUCCCAAAUUGGUUUACACAAUAAAAUGUGGGAGUAUAUGAACUCACGCAAACAUGUCUUUGUUAGUACGUACGAUGAAGGCAUCAGACGUGUUCGAACAUCAAAAGGCAAAUACGCUUUACUGGUGGAAUCACCCAAGAAUGAGUAUGUAAAUGCACGAGAACCCUGCGAUACCAUGAAGGUUGGACGAAAUCUAGAUACCAAAGGAUUUGGUAUUGCCACACCAAUUGGAUCACCACUCAAGGAUCCAAUUAAUUUAGCUGUACUCUCGCUAAAGGAGAAUGGCGAACUGAUAAAAUUGCGCAAUAAAUGGUGGUAUGACAAAACCGAAUGCAACCUCAACAAGGACAAUCAGGAAACUUCACACAAUGAAUUAUCACUGAGCAAUGUAGCUGGCAUUUUUUACAUACUGAUCGGUGGUCUACUGGUGGCAGUCUUUGUGGCCAUUAUAGAAUUUUGCUUUCGCAGUAAAUCGUCGUCAUCGUCGUCGUCAUCUGCAGCCGCCAAAAUAAAUGGUUCGAUGUUAGGUUCCACAUCAUCAUCAACACAUCAAAGAAAUUCACUGUCGGAUGCCAUGCAUUCCAAAGCAAAAUUGACUAUUCAAGCGAGCAGAGAAUAUGAUAAUGGACGUGUUGGGUACUAUCCUACAGCUCAAUUAAACGCCGGCACACCACCCACCGAUGCCGAGACAAUGCACAUGAAUGCGCAUGGUCAAGUUUGACAUGAACAUGCGCAGGAUACACGCCUAUGACGUACACCCUGCGCACCAACAAUACGACGCAUAAUGGCCAACAGUCGACAGGAAACCGAAAAGAUCUUAAGCAAUCACGAACAGUUGGCUGGCAGUCAAAAUAGUACACUGUUGCGUAAUCCAGAUGUAAAUCAUCCCUAUAAUAAAUGAAAUGGAACUGAUUAUCUAACAACAACAACAACCACAACACCUAUUUCUAAUCCAUCUCCUCCCCCUCAAUAUAUAAGUGAAAACCAUUAACAUUAAAUAUUGAUAUAGGCAAAAAUAUUUUCUUUUUUUAAGUUUUAAGUGAAACCGAUAUAUAAAAUUAGUUAUAAUGGAAUA